GCAGCUGGUAGAAUUCACUCAGUGUUUCCGCUUACCUCAAAUAAAGAACUGGCAAGCUGGGGAAGAGAACAACAGCGCUGACAGACGUCGAACCACUACAAAAUUAUCACAAACUGUAUAUCGUCUGAAUUUGAAAACAUUCGCGUUAAUGUUCCGAAAGUGAGUAACAAGGGGAGGGCUUGCUGGCUGCCUUUACAUUGGUUAAUCUGUAGAGGACUCUAGCUGGUUCGCGGGGGGAAAAGAUGUGCGAUGGAAUGGUAGCUUGUGAGACGAGAGCCCUGUCUUUAGCAUCCUCCUCUUCGUCAGCCCUCAGACUGGCUGCCUCCACCCUCCUCCUCCUCUUUUUCAUCUCCCUGGUGCCACAUGUCCACGCGUCAGGCUGUUCUCGGCCGGCUGGGGUGCAGCAUGGGGACCUGAUGAACCUGACGGAGGCUAACCGGGGCUCCUUCCCCCCGGGCACGCUGCUGACGUACGGCUGUGAGCCGGGCUACGCCCCCGACGGCCCCUCCUCCAUCACCUGCACCAGCUCCGGGGCCUGGUCCCACCUGCCGCCCCGCUGCAUCCGCACCAACGUGUGCAUGCCCCCCACAGAGCCAGAGAACGGAGGCUACCGCUGCCACCCGUCGCCAUGCCACCAACUCUCCCAGAAGACGGUCAUCGAGUACUUCUGCGACGAGGGCUACGCCCUCAAGGGAGACUACAAGUUCCUCACCUGCCAGAACGGGGACUGGGACGCCCCCAUGCAGAUCAGCUGUCGCCUUAGCCAAGACAAGGAGCCUCGCUCUCCGCUGGCCAUGCCUGCUCUCUCCAUCGUGGCGUCCACCGCCAGCUCCGUAGCUCUCAUCCUGCUGCUGGUGGUCCUGUUUGUCCUGCUGCAACCCAAACUCAAGUCCUUCCACCACAGCAGGAGGGAGCAAGGUGUGUCGGGCCAGCCAGCCUCCAUGGUGGUGGAGGGGGUCCAGGUGGCUCUCCCCUCCUACGAGGAGGCUGUGUACGGCAGUGGCGGGGGGGCGUCCCUGCCCCCUCCCCAGGAGUCCCGGGUCCAGAUCGUCCUCUCCGAGGGGCCCCAGGGGGCCGAGGGUGGGGAGGGCCCCAGCAGAGCUCCCCUCAAAGACACGGAGAUCUGCCUUCCCUCCACCUCCUCCUGUCACGCAGAGACGGUUCUGGUCCACCAGGCCCCCACCCCCUCCUCCUCCUCCUGCUCCUCCUGGCUGGCGGACCACCCUGGGGGGGCGUGUGCCGCGCCCCUGCCCCUCCGCAGGGACUCGGAGAGCAGCGACCAGCACAGCCUGCUCUCCGUCACCUCUGUGGACGACUUUUCUGACGAUAUUCCCCUGUUGAAAGAAGCCUGAAGCCCCUUUCCAGCGUCUCCCUCCUCUCUGCUGAUACAGUGUGACUGUGGCUCCUCCCCCUCCUCUCUGCUGAUACAGUGUGACUGUGGCUCCUCCCCCUCCUCUCUGCUGAUACAGUGUGGCUCCUCCCCCUCCUCUCCCCUGUGAACUACAUCCCCCAGCAGCCACACUCAGUAUCAACAAGGAAGCCGGCUGUCCCCUCAGCUGGGACCUCUGAACGCAGCAAAGCAACUAUGUCAUCCCCCCCUUGCCCGAGUCUUCCACGUCUACUGCCCACGUCUAGGCCCCCCCUCCCCCCGCCUCUCUCUCUGCGCCCUGUAGCCUGUGAAGCUGGCUCGUCCUCCCACAGGUCAGCAGGGCUGCUGCCCGCUAGAAACCAGCUACAGGACUGGCCUCGUGACAGACUGCCAUUAAAGUGGUUAUGUAUAUGAGCAUCAAAGUCUAUAUGUAUAUGAGCAUACAUAACUCGAGUCAAGUUUCUUUGGGGGGGGGGGGGGGGUUGUACUGUUGGCUAUGUAUCACUGUACGUCGUACACACUUGAUGUGCAUCUCUGAACAAAGGCACUCACUAAGGCUUAUCUCCAAAUCACAAGUAGCAAGACGAGAAUGAAGAUGCAUUUAUCCGAUUGAUGAUGAUUGUUGAUUAAUGAUGAUUGAUGAUGAUGAUUGAUAAUGAUUGAUGAUGGUGAUGAUGGUGAUGAUACUGAUGGUGAAUCCUGCUCCUCAAGUGUUGAGGUAGAGCAGAAGGAGUGUUGAGAUGUGAGUGUUCCCCAGGGUCUGUGUGCUAGUCCUGUAUACUGCAUGUUCACUAAGCACCGGCUCAGACAGGCCUUUCCUAACCCAGCAUGAUCCCCUCUCCCUGCUGCAUGUGGGCAGACCAGGGUGGAGUGGGCACGCAUGCAGCCCCCCCGCGGCUGCUGCGCCAGGCCAGCACACGCCCCCGUGUCACCGCGGCGAUACAACAAGCGCUUGUAUUUCUGUCACAAGCCGUACUCCUUGUGAGAGGAUGCUGUGCUCGCCGUGGGUGUGGCUGGACUGCUGGACUGUGUUGUAUAUCUGGCCUUCUCCCUGGACAUGCUGUCUGGCAGCAGGAACACAACUCGACUGUUUGCGACCGAAGAGGGCUGUGUCGCCUUCAGGUGUUUCCCUAUCAGGGAAGGGUCUUUUUUUUUUCACACACGGCAACAUGUUGUUUGGCACGGUCACCAACUUCCAUGCCGCUUCCCCUCCCGCACCGACACACACACACAUACAGCUGAAUAAAAAGAGUUUUAGCUACACAUCUGUACCAUCAUCAUCAUUGACACUACUGCAACUGGUUGUAGUACGCGAAUAUUGUUAACCCCCCCUUCCCCCCCCUUCUCCCUUUUAUUAUAAUGUUGAACAAGGACAGUUUUAUUUGAUGUCACAUCUGCUUACGGAACCUCUCUUCAUGCAUCAGAAGAUGAGGAUGGCGUUAUGGACGUAGCAAACCCUGUGCUUGUUUAUAUUAGUUUGGCGCUUGUCACUGUGGCAAACAAAUGACGUUGAGGGUGCGUUCGUCAUAACUUUGAGUAGGCAACGUUUCUCUGUCUGUUUCACCAUUUCGUUUGACUGUUAAUUAUUUCUGUCAAUAUCGUCAACGGCUACAUGAACACAAACGGAGAAUGUUGCCUUAGACCUGUACGUCUAAAUACUUUUAUUUUGUUUGUAAUCAUAAAUCCCUCUGUCUAUUGCUUUACGAUAUUGAUUCGCGUUUUACUCUGUUCCCAAUGGCCUUACUUUAUAUAUUUUUUUUCUAUGCAUAAACUGUGUUGUGUUUUUUAUGUAUGUUUUUUUUCUUUUUGGACACGAAGAUUGUCCAUCUCUUUUUUUCCCUCCCCCAGAGGUAUCUCUUGUGACUGUGAUAUGGCAAUGCCUAAAACCACCACCAAUUUCACAUUUUCUUACCUUGUUUGCUGCAGUGUUGCAUUUGAGGGAUGCAGAGGGGGAAAACAAAGCUUUUGAACUAAUUUUGCGUCCUAAGUACCGUUGUACGGUGCUGCUUCCCUAAAAAUAACAAAAAAAGAAAAAAAGUCCACGUCUUGAUUCUGCAUUUCAAUGCUUUCAGUUUAUGGUUUUCUCUGUACAUUGCAAUGGGUGUGAAGAUAGUAUUUUAAUAUUUGUAUAAAGUUUAAUUUAAUUCUACAGUGUGUAUAUAACUAUUUCUAAUUAAAGCUUUCUUUUGAAGUGUGAACAACA